AUGAUGGAGAGAUUUGAGGGUUACAUUUUCACCGCUCUCUGUAGCACUAACUUUUUAAUAUCCUGUCUGCUCUUCUCUGUAAUAACGAGGGAACAGAGAGAUCCGUAUAUGGAUGAAAUCUUUCAUGUUCCUCAAGCUCAGAGGUACUGUCAAGGAAAAUUCAGUGAGUGGGACCCGAUGAUCACUACGUUGCCUGGGUUGUACCUGGUGUCCAUCGGUGUGAUUAAACCGGUGGUGUGGUUGGCAGAUUUGACAGGGAAGGUGGUUUGUUCCACUGCAAUGUUGCGUUUUGUUAAUCUGCUUUUCAACUGUGGGAAUCUUUACCUACUCUAUCUCAUCACAUGUAAAGUGCACCAGAAAGACAAGUCACGUAUGGCUGCCCAAAGACUGCUCUCUGCCCUGUCACUGUCCAUAUUCCCGGUGUUGUACUUCUUCACCUUCCUGUAUUACACAGAUGCUGGCUCCACUUUUUUCACCCUCUUUACUUACUUGAUGUGCCUGUACGGGAGUCAUAAAGCAGCAGCUCUCCUGGGCAUCUGUGCCAUCCUGUUUCGUCAAACCAAUAUCAUCUGGGUGAUGUUCUGUGCUGGCACAAUAGUCGCUCAGAAAAUGGACGAAGCUUGGAAGACAGAACUGUCCAAGAAGAGAGACGACAAAGUUCACGGCCAGGUGCCGCUGACUGUCAGCGGUGUCCGGAGAUUUCUCCAGUUCCUGCUGGAUUAUGUCACUAGGCCAAACAAUAUAAAGACUGUGGUCUUUUUGGUGUGGCCAUAUGUGAUGGUAGCUCUUGGUUUUGUUAUAUUUGUGGUGCUGAAUGAGGGAAUUGUUGUUGGAGACAGGACUAGUCAUGAGGCUUGCCUUAACUUUCCUCAGCUCUUUUACUUUUUCUCGUUCACACUCAUAUUUUCCGUCCCCACUUCACUGUGCUACCAACGACUGGUCAGGUUUCUGCAAUCCCUCAGAAAGCAACCGUUACUGUAUCUGUUGAUGAUAACUGCCGCAUUGGUCUUGGUCUGGAAAUUCACUUUUGUUCACAAAUAUUUGCUUGCUGACAACAGGCACUUUCCCUUUUAUGUUUGGAAAAGAAUCUUCCAGAGGCAUGAGUUGGUACGUUUUGUCUUAGUUCCUGGCUAUGUAUUUGCUGUUUGGAACUUUCUGGACACUCUCAAGUCCAAGUCUUUGUUCUGGAAUCUUGCAUUCUGUGUAUGUGUGGCAGCAGCAACGGUUCCACAGAAGUUGCUGGAGUUCCGUUAUUUCAUCCUGCCAUAUCUGCUGUAUCGUGUCCAUGUUCCUCUGCCCUCUGUCACCAGACUUCUCCUGGAAUUUUGCCUCUACACUGCUGUCAAUGUGGCCACACUCUACAUAUUUCUCUAUAAGACUUUUCAUUGGCCAGACAGCACAGCUGUUCAGAGAUUUAUGUGGUGA